AUGGCAAAGAGGGAAGAUAGCCCUGGACCAGAGGUCCAGCCAAUGGACAAACAGUUCCUGGUAUGCAGCAUCUGCCUUGAUCGAUACCGGUGCCCCAAAGUUCUCCCUUGCCUGCAUACCUUCUGUGAGAGAUGCCUUCAGAACUACAUCCCUGCCCAGAGCUUGACACUGUCCUGUCCCGUGUGCCGGCAGACGUCCAUCCUCCCUGAGCAGGGUGUCUCAGCACUGCAGAACAACUUCUUCAUCAGCAGCCUCAUGGAGGCCAUGCAGCAGGCACCUGAUGGGGCCCACGACCCCGAGGACCCCCACCCCCUCAGCGCUGUGGCUGGCCGUCCCCUCUCCUGCCCCAACCAUGAAGGCAAGACGAUGGAGUUUUACUGUGAGGCCUGUGAGACGGCCAUGUGUGGUGAGUGUCGGGCACGGGAACACCGGGAGCACGGCACAGUGCUGCUGCGGGACGUGGUGGAGCAGCACAAGGCCGCUCUGCAGCGCCAGCUCGAAGCAGUGCGUGGCAGGCUACCACAGCUGUCUGCAGCUAUCGCCUUAGUUGGGGGCAUCAGCCAGCAGCUGCAAGAGCGCAAGGCAGAGGCCCUGGCACAGAUCAGCGCAGCCUUCGAGGACUUGGAGCAAGUGCUUCAGCAGCGCAAGCAGGCCUUGGUCAGCGACCUGGAGGCCAUUUGUGGGGCCAAACAGAAGGUGUUGCAGUCCCAGUUAGACACCCUGCGCCAGGGCCAGGAGCAUAUCGGCAGUAGUUGCAGCUUCGCGGAGCAGGCCCUGCGUCUGGGUUCGGCCCCAGAGGUGCUGCUGGUGCGCAAGCACAUGCGAGAGCGCCUGGCAGCGCUGGCAGCACAGGCCUUCCCAGAGCGGCCACAUGAGAACUCACAGCUGGAACUAGUCCUUGAGGUCGACGGGCUGCGGCGAUCAGUACUGAACGUGGGUGCACUGCUCACCACAAGCGCCACGGCGCACGAGACGGUGGCCACAGGCGAAGGUCUGCGUCAGGCCCUAGUGGGCCAGCCUGCCUCGCUCACCGUCACGACCAAAGACAAAGACGGGCGGCUGGUGCGCACAGGGAGUGCGGAGCUGCGCGCCGAGAUCACGGGACCGGAUGGCUCUCGGCUUCCGGUGCCCGUGGUGGACCACAACAAUGGCACAUAUGAGCUGGUGUACACUGCGCGCACUGAGGGCGAGCUCCUCCUCUCGGUGCUGCUCUACGGACAGCCAGUGCGCGGCAGCCCCUUCCGCGUGCGUGCCUUGCGCCCAGGGGACUUGCCACCUUCCCCGGACGACGUCAAGCGCCGUGUCAAGUCUCCUGGCGGCCCAGGCAGCCACGUUCGCCAGAAGGCGGUGCGUAGGCCCAGCUCCAUGUACAGCACAGGCGGCAAACGGAAGGACAACCCUAUCGAGGAUGAGCUCGUCUUCCGCGUUGGCAGCCGUGGUCGGGAGAAAGGCGAAUUCACCAAUUUACAAGGUGUGUCAGCAGCCAGCAGUGGCCGCAUAGUGGUAGCAGACAGCAACAACCAAUGUAUCCAGGUUUUCUCCAAUGAGGGACAGUUCAAGUUCCGGUUUGGGGUCCGAGGGCGCUCACCUGGCCAGCUGCAGCGCCCCACAGGUGUUGCGGUGGACACUAAUGGAGACAUUAUUGUGGCAGACUAUGACAACCGUUGGGUCAGCAUCUUCUCACCUGAAGGCAAGUUCAAGACCAAGAUUGGAGCUGGCCGCCUCAUGGGCCCCAAGGGAGUGGCUGUAGAUAGAAAUGGACAUAUCAUUGUGGUCGACAACAAGUCUUGCUGUGUCUUCACAUUCCAGCCCAAUGGCAAACUGGUUGGCCGUUUUGGGGGCCGUGGGGCCACUGACCGACACUUUGCAGGGCCCCAUUUUGUAGCUGUGAACAACAAGAAUGAAAUUGUGGUGACAGAUUUCCAUAAUCAUUCAGUGAAGGUGUACAGUGCCGAUGGUGAGUUCCUCUUCAAGUUUGGCUCUCAUGGUGAGGGCAACGGGCAGUUUAAUGCCCCCACGGGAGUAGCUGUGGACUCCAAUGGAAACAUCAUUGUGGCCGACUGGGGCAACAGCCGCAUCCAGGUAUUUGACAGCUCUGGCUCCUUCCUGUCCUAUAUCAACACAUCUGCAGAGCCACUGUAUGGCCCCCAGGGCCUGGCACUGACCUCGGAUGGCCACGUGGUGGUGGCUGAUGCAGGCAACCACUGCUUUAAGGACUAACGCUACCUCCAGUAG